AUGGCGGGCGAUAAUCUACCCCAAGGUGAGGUGAUCGGGAUCGUGAUUGGAGCUAUUGUGCUGUUUGGGAUUAUCAGCAUUGUGCCGAUUAUCAUCAUGUUCUUGCAUCGACGCCGUGCUGCCAACCGAGCUGCAAAUGAGACCCACAACCGUACGUCGCCGAUGCAGCAGACCUGCGUGGAGCAAUGGCUGGAGGAGCAGAAUGUCUCGAGCGAUAUUGAGCGAUAUGCCCACGAUACCUGGUACGUUGUGAACCUGUUUCAUCGCUUUGCGACUUCCCGCAUAUACGUGGGGCCUAGCCUUGAUGCCGUCUUGGCCCGGAAGAGCAGGAUGAUGUGA